UGUUCAGAGGUCGCACAGAAUUGGCGCAAGGAUGCAAAGCGCGAUUGCCGUAUUCUAAAGUCUGUAGCACAACAUGAACUUUCUAAUGAAUCGGUAAUUCUUGGUGAUCGAUCUGGAUCGAUCCGACCAGUCCAGUGUGGAGAAGCUGAUCAUUUCCACAUCAGAUUCAUGGCCAGCGGGUGGCCAGCUUGCUAGCAUUGCCAGUUGGCAAUGCAGCUGCGAUGGCGGUGCACACGGCCUACACACUGUGACUGCCCUCUCGUGCAGCUUAGAAGGGUGGCAAACAUUGCCUUGUAUAGGCUGUCCUGCAAGUUACUUUAUGCUCGUAGCCCGUGCGAGCCAGGUGCGAGCGCUGGGCCAAGCUGCGAAACCGCGACACGAAGUGGCCCCAAGCUCUGCGAAUCUGCUACAAUCUGGAAGAAAGUGUUCGCCAGUGCUCUUCAAUUUUAUGAAGGAGCUUGAAGCAUAGGGGUGAUUGCCCAAGACCGAGGGAGAUGAAGCUCAAGCAGUUGGAGUCCAUCCUGGGGGGCAUCGAGCAGUUUCAGUCCCCAAAAAUUGAACUUGAGCAGUACCCGACUGGGGCGCAUAUUGCAUCUCGGAUGCUGUACACCAUUCACAACUCCUAUGAUGACCUGGAGGACAAGGUGGUGCUGGACUUGGGCUGCGGCUGUGGCACCCUUGGGAUAGGGGCAGCCAUCCUGGGGGCAGGGCACGUGAUCGGGGUCGACUUGGACGAGGCUGCCCUCGACCUUGCCAGGGACAACUGCGAAGAAUUUGAGGUGGAGAUCGACCUGGUUCGGGCUGAGGUCAGCGGGCGGGAAAGUAGUGGCUUUUCAGCCGAUACGGUGGUAAUGAACCCGCCGUUUGGCACCCGACGGAAGGGGGCGGACAUGGAGUUCUUGCGAACAGCAUUUCGGAUUGCGAGUGGGUCAAUUUAUUCCCUGCACAAGUCAUCGACACGAGAGCACAUACAGCGGGUAGCCCUCAAAGAGCUGGGCGCGAAAUCUGCGGAAGUGAUUUGCGAGCUUCGGUACAACCUGCCGGCAACGUACAAGUUCCAUAAGAAGCGAGAAGUGGACAUCGAAGUUGACCUUUGGAGGUUCGAGUUGGCUCAAAGACCAUAAUUGGGUCUGCGUCUAUGCUUCGGCACCUUCCAGAAAUCAUGAGAUGGCCCGGCCACUGCAACGCUUCCAACAUUACAUGAAUCUUAGGUACAUUCGGUUGCAUACAUGGCGUGUACAUGCCAGGCUGGGAAGUUUCGUCCCAUUUCCAGCAUAACCGUGCCGAGAAAGGCUGUUCCGAGGUCUGGAUUCAGCGAGAGGAACCAUAAUGAUCCAUCUACUCGAAUUGUCGGAAGCUUGCCACUCGUAGUUAUCAAGCUCGAGCUGCUACCGCCUACCUGAUUUGGUCAUUCAUGGCUGAAUCGGGCCACAUACCACACACUUGUAAGGAACUUACAUACAUGAUGGAGG